AACAAACAACAAGAAACGAAUUCAGAUUUAGCUUCAAAACGAAUUCAAAAACUUUCAUACAAACAAAUAAUUUCAUAAAUGGCAUUCGUGAGAAGUCUACUGGGUGCAAAGAAGAUCCUAAGCCGCUCCACCGCACCAGCCUUGGCAGCACCAAAAGGGUUUCUUGCAGUGUACGUAGGAGAGAGCCAGAAGAAGAGAUAUUUGGUGCCAAUUUCAUAUUUGAACCAGCCUACAUUCCAAGCCCUCCUCAGUAAAUCGGAGGAAGAGUUUGGAUUUGAUCAUCCGAUGGGUGGCUUAACGAUUCCAUGUCCUGAAGAUACCUUCAUCAAUGUGACUUCUCGGCUCCAAUGAUGAUAAUUAGUUCAUCCGAGUUAGACAAAUAGACUAAUUCAUUGUAUAUAGAUUUUUACUCUUUCUUCUUGAAAGAGUUGUGUAAUUGUUUAGAGAUUGGAUGCCUUUUUUUAAUGGAGCUGACACUAUCAUACAAAAUUUCAAGACA